AUGGAUUUUCUCGAUAAUCAAGCCGAAGAAUCGGAAGGUGAUUCAUCUGUAGCAUCGGGUUCUGAUGAUGAGCCAAGAAAAAAGAAGAUGAAGCUGAAAGAAAAAGGAAAGAAAAGUGGAAAGAAACGAGUUGUUGAAAGGUAAUUCUUAUAUUUUUGAAGCUGAAAAACAUUUUUGAAAAAUUUUAGUUCUGACGAAGACGACGAUGAAGAUGAUGAAGAGGAAGGACGUAAAGAAAUGGCUGGAUUUAUUGCUGAUGAAGAUGAAGACGAAGAUGAUGCAAAAUCAGAGAAAUCUGGCAAAAAAUCGGAUGAAGAAGUCGACGAUGAUCUUGAUGAUGACGAUUUAGACUUGAUUAAUGAAAACUUGGAUAUACAAUCGUCAAGAACACAUAAACCUCGAGUUGAAUUGGAUUCUGAUGAUGAAAAUGAUCAGGAAAGAAUUGGAAGAGAGAUUUUCCAAUCAAGAGGAGAAGAGGAAGAAAGAUCGGAAAGAGGUAGUGGAGAUGAUAGAAGACGAUAUUCUGACUCGGAUUCGGAACAUUCUGAUAAUUUUAUCGAAGAAGAUGAUGAAAAUGCGAGAAGAAGACAUCGAAAAAGAAGGAAACAUGAUGAAACUAUGCCGGAAGGAGCUGAAGAUGAUGCAAGAGAUGUUUUUGGUGUUGAAGAUUUCAAUUUCGAUGAAUUUUAUGAUGACGAUGAAGAUGGUUUGGAUGACGAAGAAGAGGAAGAGAUAAUAGAAGAUGAUGGAGAUGGUGGAGAAAUAAAAAUAAGACGGAAGAAAGAUCCAUCAAAGAAAUCAACACUUUUGGAAGCUAUUGAACCAAGUGAAUUGGAUCGCGGAUUUUUGUCGGCGGCGGAUAAGAAAAUUCAGAUGGAAGAUGCGCCAGAAAGGUGGGAAUCUAUAGAGAAAACUGGUUUUUAAAUAAAAAAUCAACAUAUAUUUAGGUUCUUACUUCGAAAAACUCCAGUUACUGAAUGUGAUGAUGAAGAACUUGAAAAAGAAGCCAAAUGGAUCUUCAAAUAUGCAUUUGAUACAGAUUCAGCAAUGAAUCAAACAUCAACUCAUGAUUAUGAUAAAUUAGCGUGUCUUCUGAAUCUUGACUCAGAUCAAACAGACCAAAAAAGAGCAGAAGUUGUUAAUUCAAUUCGAGAAGUCUUGCGGUUUAUUCGAGUCAAGGCAACAUCUUUCGAAGUUCCAUUCAUUGCUUUUUAUCGAAAAGAAUACAUUGAUCAAACACUGAAUUUGAAUAAUUUGUGGAAAGUUUAUGAAUAUGAUGAGAAAUGGUGUCAUUUGGUGGAAAGAAAACAGAAAAUGUCUGAAUUGAUUCGAAGAAUGAGACAUUAUCAGGAAAAUGCGGAUGAUGUUUUGGCAGCGAGAAGAAUGAUUUCGGAAAUGGAUAUUAUUGAGUAAGAUUUUUAAGAAAAUUAUUUCGAGGUUGGGAAAAAAGAACGUGACCUGCAUAGUUCCUUUUUUAGAAUUUGAUAUUUAAAUUUAAAAACUAUCAUUUUUCAGUGUGAAUUAUGCUGAAACUAUGGAACAAUUAACUGAUAUGCAUGCGAAUUUCCAAUUAUUAUAUGGUGCAAGUAUCGAAUCAAUGGUUCAAUGGGAGAAAAACAAGAAAUUAGAAGAUGGUGAAGAAGAAGAGGAUUAUAAAGCUCGAUUCAAAGCAAGUAUUCGAAAUGACAGAUAUCAAAUGUGUGUUGAAAAUGGAAUUGGUGAAUUGGCUGGAAGAUUUGGAUUAACAGCUAAACAAUUUGCUGAAAAUUUGGAUUGGAAAAAACACGAAGUUGAACAGGAUGAAGAAUUGCCGCUGGAUGCAGCUGAGAAUUAUGUUUGUUCUUCUUUUCCGGAUCGAGAGAUGGUUUUGGCUGGAGCGAAAUUUAUGCUGGCGAAGGAAAUUAGUCGACAACCAGCGGUACGUUUUCCUGAAGAAAAUAUUAACAAUUUCGGAACACCUAUGGGUUUAAAUGUUCAAGGAAUAUGUUCUGAUAUCUGAAAAUUAAAUUAAGCUGGUCUUGAAGUGAAAACGCAUUUUUUUUGAACAAAAAAAGUUUCCCGCUCUUUCAGCUCAUUUUAUGGUUCACGAAAAUUCUCAAAACAGUUCUAAAUUUUGAGGAUAAAUGACCAACAAAAAUCCAAAGUCUUCAUGAUCCUCAAAAAAAUCCCCAUAACUUUUCAGGUUCGUGAACGUGUCCGUCGUGAAUUCCGUCAUUCUGCCAAAGUUUGGGCUCGUGUAACUCGAAAAGGCCGUGACACUUUUGACGAAACACAUCCAAUGUGGGACAAAAGAUAUAUCAGUGAAAAACCAAUUAGUCAAUUAGAAGAUGAAGAAUUCUUACAAUAUCAUAAAAUGAAAGAAGAAGGUUUCAUGGAAUUCCGAUUAGAUUGUGAUAAUGGAGAAAAUGAGGAAACAAAUAGUGGAGAUACGCUAACUGAUCGAUUAUUAAGUAAUCAACCAUUUACUCGAGAUGAAUAUACACAAAUUGUUGAAGAAUGGAAUAAUGUUAGAGAUGAAUGUGUUCGACAAGCAAUUGAUCAAAUGAUAUUACCAUAUAUGAGAACUGAAUUAUACAAUACAUUAUUGGAAGAGGCGAAAGAUUGUGUUGCGAAAAAAUGUCGGAAAGAAUUUGCUGAGCGAAUUUCGUAUUCUGGAUUUGUGCCAACUAAAAGUCGAGAUGAAGAUGAAAAUGAAGACGAUGAAGAUCGACAUGGAGAAAUUCGAAUUAUGUCAAUUGUAUAUCCAACUGGAAAUCAUGAUGAUGCUUCUUUUGGUGUGAUGAUUGAUGAAAAUGGAGUGGUUGUUGAUUAUUUGAGAAUGGUUCAUUUUACGAAAAGAGCGACACAUAAAGGAGCUACUGCUGAAUUGAAGGUUUGUGGCUGGGGAGAUGGCAAAUUUUGCGAAACAUUUUUAGAAAAGUUUUUUCUACUAAAAAUUAUUGACUUUUUUGAAAUAAUUGAAGUUUUCUCUUCAAAAAUUCACUGUUUCAAAAUUUAAAUGUAAAAAACACAAAUUAUAUGGAUUUUAAUAUAUUUUGGAAGGUUGAAUCAUAACAAUUUCCACUUUUUACCAAAAAUCCACGUGGCUAGAAAUUCAGGUUUUCUGGAAGAAAAUUGUCUAAAAAUUUAGUAGUUUGGUUUUUACUUCAAAAAAAUGUUUGAUAAAAUUUUCAAAAUAAUAAUUUAUAAAAAAAAAAAAGUCAAAAACAACCCAAAAAUUUCUUCUCUUCAGAAUCAAUCGAUGGAUUUGUUCAAAAAGUUUGUUCAACGUCGUCGUCCUCAUGCAAUUGGUAUAAAUAUCGAAAAUAUGGAAUGUCAACGAUUGAAAAAAGAUGUUGAAUUGGCGAUUGAUGAUUUGGUUGGUGAAGGAUUGAUUAUUCGUCGACCUGCUGUUAUUUUAAUGGAUAAUGAACCAGCCAAAAUUUAUAUGAAUUCCAAACAAUCUGUUGCUGAAUUCCCUGAUUAUCCACCGAUUUUACGACAAGCUGUUUCAUUGGCUAGAUUGAUGUUAGAUCCAUUAACUGAAUAUACACAUUUAUGGAAUGCAGAUGAAGAUAUUUUCUGUCUUUCUUUGCAUCCAAUGCAAAGAGAUAUUGAACAAGAUCAUUUGACGAAAUAUUUGUUGCAUGAAGUUGUGAAUCGUGUUAAUGAAUUGGGUGUGGAUAUCAAUAAAUGUGUGGAAUAUACACAUUAUAUGAAUAUGCUACAAUUUGUUUGUGGAUUGGGUCCAAGAAAAGCAGCCAGUUUAUUGAAAACUAUUCGAUUGGUCAGUGGAUUUUUUUGAAUUUUGAUACAAUUCAAGCUUUUUUUUUCUACAGAACGAAAAUUUGAUCGAAAGUCGUACAAAAUUGGUUACAAUGUGUAAACUUGGCCCAAAAGUAUUCAUGAAUUGCGCUGGUUUCAUUCGAAUUGACACUGAAAAAGUGACUGAUCGAACUGAUGCUUACGUCGAAAUUCUUGAUGGUUCCCGUGUUCAUCCCGAAACUUAUGAAUGGGCUCGGAAAAUGGCUGUCGAUGCAUUGGAAGUUGAUGAUUCUGCUGAUCCAACAACUGCUUUGAUGGAAAUUAUGGAAGCACCUGAUCGAUUGAAAGAUCUUGAUUUGGAUGCAUUUGCGGAAGAAUUGAAUCGACAAGGGUUUGGAGAGAAAAAAGCGACACUUUAUGAUAUAUCAGCUGAAUUAUCGGCAAGAUAUAAGGAUUUAAGAGAACCAUUUCAAGAACCGGAUGGUGAUAAAUUGUAUCAUUUAUUAUGUCGAAGUGGAAAAGAAAUUAAAGAAGGACAGAAAAUCAUGGGAACUGUGUUUUCUGUUCAAUAUAAAAGAAAUGAUCGAAAUGAAAAUGAGCCAUUGCCUGAAACUGAUAUGAAUGGAAUGUUUAGUUGUCCGUAUUGUAAACAAUUUACAUCUGUUUUGCCAGGAGAUAUUCAAGAACAUAUGUCUAAAGAUGUAAGGUUUUUGGGGAGAGGGAAAAUUGGUUCAUCGAAAUUAUGGUUUAGAUUUUUAGCCCAUUGAAAUUUUCUAAAAAUCCUCAUUUUCAAAAAUAAAGCUUGAAAACUUUUGGAAAGUAUGAAAUUUCCACGUAAAAAUAUUAAUUUAGUAAUUGAAGUUUUGCUACGUGGAUUAUUUUUAAAAUUUUUGGAUUUUCAUUAAAUUCUUCGAACUCAGAGAUUCGCUGGCCAGCUCGCCACCAGAUCGCUGCGGCCACCUGGAAACCGCAUGGCCGCCAGGUCGCCUCGAGUUUUCCGGCGACGUGGCCUGUGUGUUUGAAAUUCUGGAAAGCUGGCAAGACAGUGGUUUGUACUCAAAACACUGCAUUUUUUACUGUUUUUUUCACUUCCUAAGGUUUCAAGUGCUGCGAAAAAACAGAAAAUGAGCCAAAUUUUUCGAAAAUGCCUCAAUUCACAAGUUUUUCAGACAUUUUCAUGAAAAUUCAUUUUGACGCGGCGAAGUGGCCACCACGUGGUAGCCAUGUGGCUGUGACCUGGCCAGAGCCUGGCCACCUUGCCAGCGAAAAAAACCGGGCGACAUGGUUUCCAUGUGGUUCCGAGGUCAGCCAGCCUCCCCACCUGGUGGCGAGCUGGCCAGCGAAUCUCUGAGAAUUUUCUGAGCCAUUGGGAAAUUUUUUUUAAUCGUUAGAAAAUUGCAAUAAAGUCUGCAAAUUUUGAAAUUUCCACGUGGCAACUAUUAAUUCAAUAACGUGGAUUUGGAAUAUUUUCAAAAAUAAACUGUUUUGUAAAUAAUUUUUGUCAAAAUAAUUUGUUUGAUUUCCGGAUCUUUUCAGUCCCAACAUUUUUCUGAAAACAUCCAAUUUUCCAACUCAAAAUUCUACUUUUCUUUCCAGGAUCGUGACGGUGGUUGCCCUGGUACAGCAGUCGGAAUUCGUGUUCGCUUCGACAAUGGAAUGAUUGGUUUCUGUGCCAACAAAAACAUCUCGAAAGAUCACAUCGAUAACCCAUUAUCUCGUGUCAAACUCAAUCAACCCUAUUGGUUCAAAGUUCUCAAUGUGAAUCGCGAACGAAUGUCGUUUUUCUUAAGUUGCAAAUCAUCUGAUUUGGCAUCAACUGAUUCCGGAAAUCGUGAUCGAUAUUGGGAUUCGAAUAUGUAUGAGAUUGAUCAGACUGAAAUUGAGGCGGAAGCAUUGAAGAAGAGGAAUGUGGAUAAACGAGUGAAACGAGUCAUUUCACAUCCAAACUUCCAAAAUGUUUCAUAUGAAGCGGCCACUAAAUUGUUGGAUUCGAAAGAUUGGUCAGAAUGUAUUAUUCGACCAUCAGCACAUAAAGAUACCAGUUUAUCAGUUACUUGGAAGGUGAGCAUUUUGAAGCGGGUUUACUGAACAUUUUCAGACGAGAAUUUCGAAGUUCUCAAUUUUUUCUCGAAAAAAUCUAACUUUUCCAGAUUUGCAAUGGAGUAUAUCAUAAUUUCUUCGUCAAAGAAUCUGAUAAAGAUCAAGCCUUCACAAUUGGUCGAUCACUUCGAGUUGGAAAUGAAGAAUUUGAAGAUUUGAAUGAAUUGAUUGCCCGAUUCGUUCAACCAAUGAUUCAAAUCUCGCACGAAAUCACAACACACAAAUAUUUUUGCGAAGAAGCGACUUGUGAAGAUAUUAUGAAUGUCGAAGAGUUUUGUCGAGAAAAACGGAGGGAAUUGGGAAGAAAUGCAUAUGUUUUCAGUGCGUCGAUCAGGAAACCAUGCCAAUUUUGUAUUUCGUAUAUGUUUGAUAAUUCGGGAAGAAUUCGGCAUGAGUACUUUAACAGUGAGUGAAUUUUUUGUUGAAAAUUUUGAUUCGACCUUUCCACCCUUCAAAACUACGAUACUCCGCAAUUACACCUCAUUUCUUUUCAGUUCAUCCCCAUGGAAUUCGAUUCCGAAAUCAAAAUUUCGAAUCUCUUGAUUAUAUGAUGGCAUGGUUCAAGAAACAUUUCAAUGAAAGACCCUUGAAUGCUCCAUCUUCUUCUCGACAUCAAAGUCACCAUCAACAACAAUAUUCUGGAUCACAACAACACUAUCAACAUCAUUCUUCUCAACCGCAAUAUGAUCAACAAUAUUCAUCUUAUGGUAGUUCAUCUGCUACGUCAUCAUAUCCACCACCGCCGCCAUCACAUCAACAAUAUUAUGCUAUGUGA